CCCUAUGUGCCUGCAAACUGAGAAAGUGACAACAUGGAGGGAGAGGCGGUGAUAACUCACAGAGAGAGUAACAGGAGUCUAGCAUCAGUCGAGAGGGUCACACAGACUCACAAUAAAGUCACCCCGGGCUAACUCCUUUGUGCCGCUGCAAUACUACAACUGGACAGGCUAGCAUAGCACUAACGGAGGUUGUGGAGCUGUGGAAGUCAUGCCUUUUUUGGAAUUCAUAGCUGGAAGCAUUUCAGCAGAGGAACUCUGCAGGGGUACAUAAAGCACAUAUGAGUUGUGAUGAGCCAGUCUUUUGAACUCAUCUGAAAAUGUCAGUCUGCACGGGCGAAAACCUGAUAUCACCUUCAGAUGGGACAACUUGCAUCACAUUUUCUCAAGAGCGACUUGAAGAGGACACCAAAUGUAGUGGUUCAGCGGGAGUGGCAGUUGGACAUCCAAUAGACACUGUGAAGGUGCGUCUGCAGGCCCAGUCUGUGUAUAAAGGGAUGUUUCACUGUGUUGCUAAAACAUACUCUCAUGAAGGGCUCCGUGGAUUCUUCAAGGGCAUGGCGUUUCCAGUGAUGACUACAGGCCUCGUCAAUUCCGUUGUCUUUGGCAGUUACAGUAAUGCUUUAGAUUACCUCACGCAGUCUCAGCGCAGUGACAGAAGUCAAGUCAAACCAGCCACUGCUGCACAGAUCUUCACGGCCGGCUGCUUCUCAGGCCUGGUGCAGGUGUUUGUAUGUGCACCCAUUGACCUGGUGAAGGUGCGUCUGCAGGGUCAAACAUCAGCUGAGCGAUACCGUGGAUCCAUUCACUGUGUUGGUGUCAUCCUGAGGGAGGAGGGACCCAGGGGUCUGUACCGAGGAGGGCUGGCCCUCGCCCUGAGGGACGUACCCUGCUAUGGACUCUACUUCCUGCCUUACGAGGUCACUCGAAAGGCUCUGACUGAGACUGGCAAAGAGCCAGGUACAUUUGCAAUAUUGAUGGCUGGUGGCAUGGCAGGUGUGAUCACCUGGGCCUUCGCUACCCCCAUGGAUGUUGUGAAAGCUCGGCUGCAGAUGUCAGGGGCCGGCGGCCGAGUGUACACCGGCUUCAUCCACUGCAUGAGAGUGAGCGUCAGAGAGGAGGGAGUGAGGGUCUUUUUCAAAGGCCUCCUACUGAACGGUCUGAGGGCCUUCCCCGUCAACGCCGUCACCUUCCUCAGCUACGAGAGACUGAUGAGGCUCUUCUGUCCACCGGCGACAUGACCUCACUGUUGACAAUGACACUCCUUUUCUUGCAGGUCUUCCCAUGGUUUGGACAUUUCACUUUAAGUACACAAACUGACUGUGGGUCAGACAAUCUCAGGGUAUUUUAACGCAGUUGAAACAGUCUCAAUUUUAGUUUUUUUUAAAUAUUGAAUCUGAAAUAUUGUUUUUAAACUUUUAAAGUCUGAAUGGAUUAAGUCAACUCUAAUGCAGCUAGUGUCAGAAACCUCAACACACUUUAUGAUGGAUAUUUAUGUGAUAAAAAUGUUCAUAUUCAGCUCCAGCAGAGUCUCCUGUGACUUGAAACGCUUAUGAUGGAAGAUGAGGAAAUGUGAAUGUAAACAUGUUAAGUUUUCACAAUAGUUUUUUUUUUCUUAAUUUCAUUUUAUCACUGUGAAAGUGGCUUCCAUAUAAAUAAACAAUUCUACAGAAGCCGA